GCAAAUCGCCGUUGCCUCUCGCGGCCGCCGAAAGUAUGUCUACAUGGUAACGGUUUCAUACUCGGCAGGAUUGGAUGCAUUGCGUCUUGACGCAACAAGUUUCGGGUUUUGUUUAUAUCAAACUAAAGCUGGAUGCGAAUAAGUUUCCAUUUGUAACACUCGGAGAUAAAAUACUUUUUUCGCUUUCAACAGUCGUUGGAAUAGUGCACUAUUACCUGCACGUCUUGUAAGAAUUUAGUUUAAAAUCAAAAUGUAUUCAGUAUCUGUAAUGACAUGCUGACUACGUUUGGAUUUAUGUUUUGAGAAGAACGUUUUUUGGGGGACUAUCUUCCGCUGGGGGAAAAAGAAAGAGGAUCCACGCGAAUUUCCCCUCAUAUAAACGCGCACGUUUUUGUAGGAAUACUUUUUAUUUGAUGGAUACCUCCGAGCUCUGUGAAUAGAUAAUGCAUUACACAGGAUGGGUGCGAACAAUGGGAAACAAAGUGGGAGUGAGGGUAAAGGCAGCUCCAGUAUUUCCUCCGACCUGAGUUCAAGUACGGAUCAGACGUCAACCAAAGCUCCCAAAAAUGCAGCUACCAGCGAAGAUUCGGACCUGAGCAUGCGGACAUUGAGCACCCCCAGCCCUGCUCUCAUCCUUCCUCCUCACCACCCUCUCUCUCCUCUCAUCCCCCCGUCGGCCCCCUUCAACAGCUCCUCCUCCACCUCCUCCUCUGAGACGGUUGCCAUGGUGCAUGCCACCUCCCAUCCCCCUCUCUUUUCUGCCACCCACUCGCGCCGCCGCGCCAACCGGGACCACCACCAGGGGGCAUCGGUGCCCAUCGACCUAUUGCCGGACCACAUCUUCCUGGACGUCUUUGCCCGCCUGCCCACCAACCAGCUGUGCCGUUGCGCCCGCGUCUGCCGUCGCUGGUACAACCUGGCGUGGGAUCCCCGGCUGUGGCGGAGCAUCCGGCUGACGGGAGACGUGCUCCACGUCGACCGGGCGUUGCGGGUACUGACGCGGCGCCUCUGCCAGGACACGCCCAACGUGUGCCUGAUGCUGGAGACCCUGGUGGCGAGCGGGUGCCGGAGGUUGACGGACCGCGGGCUGCUCACGGUGGCCCAGUGCUGCCCCGAGCUGCGCCGCCUGGAGGUGGCGGGCUGCUAUAACGUGUCCAAUGACGCCGUGUUCGAGGUGGUGUCGCGCUGCCCUAACCUGGAGCAUCUGGACGUUUCAGGCUGCUCCAAGGUGACCUGCAUCAGUCUGACGCGGGAGGUCUCCCUUAAACUAUCGCCAAUGCACGGCCAGCAGAUCUCCAUCCGCUACCUGGACAUGACUGACUGCUUGGCCCUGGAGGACGAAGGCCUGCACACCAUCGCCGCCCACUGCACCCAGCUCACCCACCUCUACCUGCGGCGCUGCAUGCGCCUCACCGACGAGGGCCUUCGCUACCUGGUCAUCUACUGCCCCGCCGUGCGCGAGCUCAGCGUCAGCGACUGCCGCUACGUCAGCGACUUCGGCCUGCGCGAGAUCGCCAAGCUUGAAGGCCGGUUGCGCUACUUGAGCGUGGCGCAUUGUGGGAAGAUCACUGACGUCGGGGUUCGGUAUGUCGCUAAGUAUUGCUCACGGCUGCGAUACCUGAACGCGCGGGGCUGCGAGGGCCUCACGGACCAUGGCCUGGAGUACCUGGCCAAGAGUUGCCCCAAGCUAAAGUCGCUGGACAUCGGAAAGUGUCCGCUGGUGUCGGAUGCAGGCCUGGAACUGCUGGCGCUCAACUGCUUCAAUCUGAAGCGGCUGAGCCUCAAGUCGUGCGAGAGCAUCACGGGCCGCGGGCUGCAAGUGGUGGCGGCCAACUGCUUCGACCUGCAGCUGCUCAACGUGCAGGACUGCGACGCGCCUCUGGACGCACUGCGCUUUGUGAAGCGCCACUGCAAGCGCUGCGUCAUCGAGCACACAAACCCGGCCUUUUUCUGAGGAGAUGGGGGGGGGGGGGGGGGGGGGGGGAUGGGCUACAAACUGAAGCCCCUAUCCCACACCUAUAUGUAAUGUAAUAUGCACAUGACAAUCUAUCAUAGUUGUUAUUAUAGCACUCAUGAGACUGUUUUUAAGUUAUUUUUUUUCUCUCCCUAUUCCCUCACUACAAACUGUUUCCCAACUUUCAAAAAUGUAUGUUUUAAGAACAUAUUUUAAUUCUAAAGGGAUCAGUUUAAAGCAGAUGACGGCUGUAAGUAUAUAAUAAAACACUAGUGUAUAUUCAUUUGAAAGGAACAACUGUAAUAGUAUGAAAAACUUGGCUCUAGUGCUUUGUCAUUAUCUUUCUCACUAUCUUUCUCACUAUCUCGUCAGGCCAAGAAUUUGAAAUGGAAUGCAAUUUAAUUAUGAGUAAUGAUUAUAUUAUUUGUGUCAAAAGGUUCACGUGUGACAUUCCACUGAAGAGGUCUCCCUUUCAGUUGGCAGUGCUGGUGGGCAAUAUAGUCAUGGGUCCAGUAACCCACUCAUUCCACGUGGCUUAAAGACGCCAUACAGUUCAUAUGAUAGAACAUUAGUCCAUUUCUUAACUCAUGAAACUACAUAAAACACUUUAGUUUUAAUUAACAAAUAUGCUUCUACUCAUACCGUGUAGAGGUGUGCACCUUUCCUGUCCAAUGAGGUGAUCGAUGAGCAAUAUUUCUGAACAUUUAGGGGGACCCCAUUUGGCUCAAGAGCACCCCCAGAGGCAAACGUUCUGUAUUUCCUUUUUAACCUAUUAGAUCGUUUUUUUUAAUGUUGGCUUUUCAACUAGAGCCUAAAAUCUGCUCUUAUUCAUUGUUUACAUGUCAUUCUUCUGCAGUUGUUAAAUGCUAGACAAUCCUACCAUCAUGUCCUUGGUUAGAGAAGUGUGUUUAAAAAAAUAUUCAAUGUUCAGUUCCAUUUUGUUAAAGAAUUGUGUACACUAACUAGUACAACUAACUAUGCUCAGACGAUCACUAGAACAAGUGUGUUCACUUCUCUCUCUUUUUUAUUGACAUAAUAGUGGAAUAAAAUAAUGUCCUAAAUGAG